AUAUUCUCAAUGGCUUCCACGAGUAGAGGUUCCCCUGAUGACGAUGGGUACAAGAGGUUUUCAGAAGAUAUUCAUAAUGUUUCAUAUGGUUCCAACUCCACAAAUCCCAUGGAUGAAAUGGGUAGUAGAUCAAAUCUCAGUAGAGAAGACACUGCUGAUAUUGACCAAUGGGAAAUGAAUUAUCAUGAAGCUGCAAUAUUUUUAGAGGAAGGGGAAAACAACGAGAAAUUCGACUCUCACCCCCGCCACCCUAGUGCAUUACCCGCCUACCUCCUGGUCCAUAACUCGUGGUACUACACCUUCGACCUGGUGUUCUCCCUGGUACUGCUGCUGCUGGCUCUCGUGGAGAAGCCGGCUCUGGAGGACGCCGAAUUCCCUGUGGGGCUGCACGGAACGCUAGAGUUGGUCGCCUUGGGGGUGAUCGGAGUAGAGUUGGCGCUGAAGCUGCGCUGGAUCGGCUGGACGACCAUUUUGAGGCACAAAAGGACGAUGGUCAAGUGUGUGACGCUAUCGAUCAUGGUGGUGGAAGCCAUAACAGUCCUCAUAAGGCAAUCCUCCCACUUCCGGGCAACCAGAGCCCUACGCCCAAUAUUCCUUGUGGACACCAGGGCGUGCGGGGCGGUGAGGCGUUACAUCCGGCAGAUCCUGCAGUCGCUGCCGCCCAUCCUGGACAUGCUGGGUCUGCUGAUGUUCUUCGUGUGCAGCUACGCCCUGCUGGGCUAUUUCCUGUUCAGCGGUCACGAGACCAAUUUGUACUUCAGGACGUUGGGGGAUAGUUUCGUCAGCAUGUUCGUGCUGCUGACUACUGCCAAUUUCCCUGAUGUGAUGAUGCCAUCAUAUGCAAUAUCUAAAUGGACUGCUGUCUUCUUCAUAUCAUACAUUUCAACUGUACUUUAUGUUCUCAUGAAUUUGAUGCUCGCCGUAGUUUAUGAAACUUUCACAGGGAUUGAAAAAGAGAAGUUCAGGAAACUUCUCUUGCAUAAAAGACAAGCCUGUAAGCUGGCAUUCAGACUUCUAGUGAGCAAACAGGCUCCAGAUAAUGUGAGAUUCAGACAGUUCCAUGGGAUGAUGAGAUAUUACUCUCCACAAACUAAGCUGAGAGAUGUUGUACUGAUAUUCCGCCAACUCAACAAAUCCAACUCGGGUCAACUUUCGCAAGAUGAAUUCCUGAAUAUUUACGACGGAACAACUUUAAAAUGGAGAACGAAAACUCCCAUUGACCCUUGGUUUUCCGCGGCUUGGCCCCCUUUGAGAGCCUUGUGCAGAUCUUCCAGGAUUUUCGUCACGUGGUCUUAUUUCGAGCAUAUCGUCUAUUUGCUGAUUGUUUCCAACGGUUUGGCGAUGUUGGUGAGAGUUUUGCAGGAUUGCGCAACACUGGAAGAAGGAGCGAAGAAUUUUGCGGCCUCAUGGGAUUCUUAUCUGUUUUUGAUACUGUUUUUGGUGGAAGCACUGUUGAAAAUCAUUGGCUUAGGAUGGACAGAAUAUAUUUCUUCAGGAUGGAAUGUUUUCGAUCUAUCAGUCACUCUCUUAGCCUUCGGCGGUGCGUUUUUUCUUACCAUGAUGCCAAGUUGGACUGCAGUUGUGAUUUUGAGACCCCUCAGACUUCUUCGCAUAUUCAAAUUGAAGAAAAGAUAUCGUGAUAUUUUUGGUACGUUGGUUCUGUUGAGUCCUCUCAUGUCUUCCACGGCUGUUGUGAUGAUGGUUAUGUAUUAUUUUUUUGCCAUAAUCGGCAUGGAACUGUUUUCCCAGUACGAUCUGAGGAAUUGUUGUGUGAAUUCUACCGUGGAAGACUUCUACAAAUACAGUUCCAACGUCACGUCGAGCGGCAUCGGAUACUAUUACCUCAACAAUUUCAACAAUCUGAUCAUAUCCGGCAUAACCUUGUUCGAACUGACAGUCGUGAACAACUGGUUCAUCGUAAUGGACGCCUAUGCGUCGGUGACGAACAAAUUCUCCAGGCUGUACUUUAUGUUGUUCUAUCUGUUCACUAUGGUCGUGCUGACGAUAGUCGUUGCCUCGGUGUUGGAGGCGUUCAGGUUCAGGAUCCAGUAUAAGCAACAGACUUCCAAAAAAGACGAGGAACUGAUGCUUCACGAAGAAGUUAUAGUUGACUGGAGUUCUUUGCAGAGUCAAAUUCAAGAUGUACGAAUGUUGGAGGUUAUUCAGUCAGAUUUCAUUGUUGGGGGAGUUAUAGCGUAUAUAGGAAGGAGAAGAAGAACCAGGGACGUUCUCCAACAUCACAUGUACUCAACAGAGAUUGCGCAAUGGAUGGAGGAGGCGGACUCUGUCGAAAAAGACAUCAACUUGAUUAUCGACGAGGCACAAAUUAACGCUAGGCUCAUUUCCGCUUGA